ACUCGUCUUGUUCUUGAACGCAACAUCCAAACUAGGUUUAUGACCAAGCCACGGAUUCGUGUUUAGGCAUUGUCAACUGUAUCUGAUAAGUUAGUGUUACAUAAAAAUAAUAUUUCAAAAGGAUGAUUGACGACAGCCAAUUUAUAAGUAUCUUCAAAGGGAAACGUAUUAAAUUGACCCUCAAGUCUUCGUCUUAUUUUGGUGUCGUGCAGCGCAUUGUCGCUAACAAGGCGUUGGUCCUUACGAAUGUCAUACAUGGCAGCAAUGGAUGUGAAAUUCCCGGUUCGAGAUUGUUCUUUGGUCCUGACAUUCUUAAUGUUGAAUUUACCAAUGAAGAGGACAUAGAGAAUGGAAAUAUUCCUGAAGACCUGGAAAAGCACUUGGAGGUGAAAAGUUUCCAGCCAUAUAGAAAUUACUUUUACCACGAUGAUGAUGAAGAAUACAUCAACUUUGAAGUUAUUGAUGAGUUUCAUGAGAAGUUUGGACUUGCUGUGAUGAACAUCAAGAAGCAGCAUGUGGUUGGCGUGGGGGCUGAUGGGGUUGCGCUAUACAAACAUGGAAGAAUGUGUUGGCUUCAGAUUGCCACGAAAAACAAGGUCUAUCUAUUUGACAUCCUUUUACUUGGAGCGCGGGCCUUUAAGAAUGGUCUUUCCAUGAUUCUGCAGAAUAAGCACAUACUGAAGGUAAUCCAUGACUGCAGAGCUAUUGCUGGAUGUCUUAUUACACAGUUUGGAGUGAAGCUGACUAAUGUAUUUGACACACAGGUGGCAGAUGUCAUGUGCUUCUACUCUGAGACAGGAGGUUUCCUUCCAGACAGAGUGAGCACUCUUCAGGAAGUGGUGAGCCUCCACCUGAAGGUCCCCUCCUCCCAGCUCUUGUCACUGAAGACCAAGUCCAAGCUGACCAUGGACGAAACAGAGAUGUGGUACAAGCGUCCGUGUCCCACAGCCUUGCUAAAGGUGAUGACGCUAUCUGUGAUCCACUUACAGCCCCUCAGACUGGUGCUGCUGGAUUCUCUCCUGACAGACUACAUGGCCUUGGUGGACACUUACAUCACAAACAGCCAGUACCCACUUGAUGAUUUAGAGACCAUAUAUAUGGAGAGUGUGUUUGAGAUACCCUCUGAGCUCAGGCAAUUGGAGCGGAUGCGCCAUGAGCGUCAAGAGUCUGCUGUCAAACACUACCCAGUCACAGACAAGGGUCUGUUAGCUCGCUUUAGUCCUCAAGCUUGGUCCCCAACACAGACAUUACCUGUGGAAGAGGAGCACAAAUGCACUGAGCAAACUGAGGAGUCACUAUCACCAGAAGUGGAUCAAAAAGAAGUAGAUCCAAACCAGCCAUCCACUAGCCCCUUGGCUGUCGCUUCUCUGACUAAAGCAGCUCAAAAGUCAGUCUCCAGCACCUUGUUUGACCACAGGAAGGAAAUAUUUAUCAGCAGUCCCCUACCUCAGGGUGUAGGUAGUGCAAUCUCAUCUUUACUGAUGACAGCGAUGGGUCGAGGAAGGCACUUUGGUAAAGAACAAUCACCAAUCGAGCUAAUACUGCCGCCACCAUCAGGGCAGGCCCGCUAUUUUGGUCACCAACAGCACAGAUCCGUAGAGAAAGAUGUGGAAUUUGAAUAAUCUGUGGAAUUGCGGCAGCAACUUCCUGCUCAGACCUCAACUAAUAGUACCAAUUCCUCCUGGUUUGUUGUUCCACAGUUUAACCUGUAGGUGGCAGUAAAUAUUGGCUUUUGUUCAACAUUUGCAAGGCUAUUUCAAGAGUUGUUUUUAUUUCCCGGCAUGCAUGUGUGCUCCUGUGUUUGUUCAUGUUUGUUGGCCUGUUUUCAGUUGUAUAAUGAUUAAAAGUGUAAUGUUUCAUAUAAUUAAAACAUUCUC